AUGUCCUCCAGACUCAGCUUCGACGACCCGACUUAUCCUGCAUUCCCUAUAUUUGCUUUCAUUGGCUUCGUUCUCGUUCUUAUUCCUUUGCCGUGGCACCUCCAAGCAUGGAACUCGGGGACGUGUCUGUAUAUGAUCUGGACCGCCAUCGGCUGCCUCAACCUUUUCAUAAAUUCCUUAAUUUGGCACGGGAAUGCCAUCGACUGGGCACCAGUCUGGUGUGAUAUCUCGACUCGACUUGUGGUCGGAAUAUCCGUGGCUAUUCCAGCAGCCUCUCUAUGCAUCAAUCGCCGACUAUACAAGAUCGCAUCGUGUCAAACUGCCUCUAUCUCCAGAGCCCAUAAACGACGGGCGGUUAUGGUGGAUCUCGCAAUUGGCCUCGGCAUUCCAUUCCUUCAAAUGCCACUUCAAUUCGUCGUCCAAGGUCACCGAUAUGAUAUUUAUCAAGACAUCGGGUGCCAUCCCACAACGGUCAACACUCCACCCGCCUAUCCUCUGACCUUGCUGUGGCCGACCGUCAUCGGGCUUGUGUCCGCUAUCUAUUGCAUUCUUACCCUCCGUGCUUUCAUGCAGCGCCGAGCGCAAUUCAGCCAGCUUAUCUCUUCCAAUAGCUCUUUAACUGUCAACCGCUACUUCCGCUUGAUGUCGCUUGCGACGCUCGAACUUCUUUUCAACCUCCCAAUUACGACCUAUGGCCUGUACCUCAACAUCUCCCGCCCCAUCUAUCCUUGGACUAGCUGGUCCGACAUCCAUCACAACUGGCACAUUAUCGACACCUUCCCUCGCGUUCUCUGGGGCAACAACCCGGUGCAUGUUGUCACCUUGGAGCUGAGCAGGUGGUCGCUCGUCUUUUGCGCGUUCCUCUUUUUCGGCUUCUUCGGAUUUGCCGACGAAGCACGAAGAAAUUACCGCAAGGUCUUCACUUUCAUUGUUAAACAGUUUGGUUUUCAGCCCUCUUCCUCCAAUGAGAAGAAAACGGUCUUUGUACAUGCUAAGAAGCCCGCCCCGCCUCUUCCAACUUACAUGCCUCGCUCGGUUGACACCGCUUGCCCGGUUCAAAGCGAGAAGCCUUCCAAUUUCACGCGAACCCUUUCGAUUUCAAGCAACAGUUCUUCGUCGACGAAGGUUGCCUCUUCUUUCCGUCUCGAUGACAUUAAACUUAGUACCAGCCCAUGCAUGCAAGACACCUUCCCCUCUUCCCCAACCUCAAUGACGAUUCAUUGCGACGACUCCAUGUACUGUGAAUGA